CAAGGCGAUUGUCAUGUGAUAGCAAAGAAGUGGCACAUUAAUGAAGCGCCGCUCCGGGGGUCUUUUCUGCUCAUGUCACCACAUAAAACUAUCAGAUGGUUCGAGGAAGGCCAUGGAGGCAGGCACUUAGCUCACCUUAUCAAGCAAGAAGAGAGGGUAUCUCGUCUAUUCGUCUGACUCGGCAGGAGGAAGGCUGAAGCUUAUCUACAACUCGUCCAAAGGGGCAGACUUGUUUUUUACACCAGCGGACAGCAGCGCAGCCUCACAUCAACAGCGAAUGCUGCAGCAACGGACUUCCAACUUUCAGCGCUCUGAAACUUGGACACACCACAGCCGGUAAACCUCUUCUUUCCGUUAUUCCCCCCCUCUUUCUCUCGCUUUGAGAUUUGUUCAUUUCGUCCCUUAGACCGAAUUAAUUCGAUCUCUUAAAAAGCAAGAGGAUGCCUCGCCCGGGCAGAAACACGUACAGCGACCAAAAGCCUCCCUAUUCUUAUAUCUCUCUCACGGCUAUGGCGAUCCAGAGCUGCCCCGAGAAGAUGCUGCCGCUUAGUGAGAUCUACAAAUUCAUCAUGGACCGCUUCCCGUACUACCGCGAGAAUACGCAGCGAUGGCAGAAUUCACUGAGACACAACCUGUCUUUCAACGACUGUUUCAUCAAGAUCCCGCGGCGACCCGACCAGCCGGGCAAGGGCAGUUUCUGGGCGCUGCACCCGAACUGUGGCGACAUGUUUGAGAACGGCAGCUUUCUUCGGCGCCGCAAACGCUUCAAGGUGCUCACGUCGGACCCACUGGCCCCGAGCAAGCCAUCGGAAGCUGCACAUUACCUGCAGCAGCAGCAUGCCAAGCUGCGCCUGAGCGCGCUGGCAGCCACUGGAGCGCACCUGCCACAUGUGCCCGCCUACAACCUGACCACACCUCCGCCGUCCACCUUCAAACACCCGUUCGCCAUUGAAAACAUCAUCGCGCGUGAUUACAAGGUUCCAGGCGGCCUUGCCUUUUCCACUAUGCCCUCAAUGUCUGCCGGCUACCCGUUACACGGUCAGCUCGCCACAGCCUGGCCGCACGUGUACGGCGCGGGAGCUCUUGAGAGCGCUGCACCGAUUUCCGUGGCAAGCGAGUACGGCGCGUACGGCGUGCCUAUCAAGUCGCUGUGCCACGGAGCGCAGAGUUUGCCCGCCGUGCCGGUUCCCAUCAAGCCGAUGCCCCCGCACCUACCCGCGUUCCUCUCGAACUCUCCACAGUCUUUAAGCCCCACGUCCCCUCACACAGCAACCGGCCAAAGCAGUCCGGCCAACCCGAGCGAUGCUCUGAGCGGACCGGCUACACUGCAAUCAGUCGCCGUGCAUUGACGGACACUUUCCGUGACAAGGAACUGUGUGAGGCCUGUAGACAGCUUCACGGCUACGUCCGAAACCUAACACUACUGUACUAAAUAAAAUUAGUACGCCAGCUGAGGUUUCAUAUACAUUUCAAUACAUUUCUACUAUAAUUGACUCAUGGAUUAAGUGCAGUUUUCACCACUCCACACUCUAAAGACUUUGCAGUUUUAAAAAUGUCCAAUAUAUACAAAUACAAAUGGUUUUAGUCCAAAUGAAUGCACAGCUUUACAUAAACGCAAAGUUUGGGGUUGUCACGGUGAAACAGUCUUGGUUUGGUUUGUAUUUAUCGCUUUUAGGCACCAGAUAAUCCUGUAGUUUACUAUAACAGACGGACUAAUUUUGCAAUAUUGCAUUUAGUACUGAAAUUUGCGGUGGAGGACGUGGCCAAAUACCCUCUCCAAAGUUUCUUUUUUUAGCCCUUGAAACUGUUUACCACAACGAUAGUCCACCGUUAUACAAUCAAGACAAGAGCUAUGUCUGUGUUGCAGUAAUGUUAAUUUAUGUGUAUGUGUUUUCCGAUUUUGUGCGUUGCUUUAAAUAGUUUUGUGUCUGAUUACUCCGACUCAGUAUACAGAUAAAGGCAUAUUUUAUAGUUUUUUUUUUUUUUGUUUCUCAAGAAAAUUAAUUCUGGAAUUACUACAUUAUUUUCUAAUUGAAAUGACAUUGGGAAAAUGUAAUAGGCUUAUAAUAAUGCUGUUUUUCUAAUUUUACAGUUUUGGUGUUAAUAAGGUCAUUAGUCAGGACGAACAGGUUAAACUCACUUCAGUUUAUACAGUUAGAUUUGGUGCGAGCACCUUUGGCAACAAACUUUCAAAAUCGCAUGUUAAAUUAGUACAGAUGAAGGUUAAUCGAAAAUGCUCUUCGAUAAGACUGUAUCACUUUACAACAACAUGAACAACAAAACUUAUUUUUCAUACCAAACGAUUUCAUUAGAUUUUACAUAUGAAUCUACACAUAUUGAAAACUUGAAAACUACAUUUAAAAGGUGGGGUAAACGCGUAUAUGUGUGAAUAAUUGCAAAUAAGUGAUAUAAAAUUGUGUUAAAUGAUGCACUUUUUAGUUUGAUGUUUUAGAUUAUCUCUAUUUUACAGGAGAUGUUUUGUGGAGCAUUUAAUUUAAAGCCGUGGUGACCAUGUGUAUUAAAUGCCGUAAAUUUGUAAACUUUUUUUUAUGUUCACAUUGUAAGGCAUGCAUUUUCGAAACUUUGUGUUGUUUUGCUGGAAGCAUGCGAGCUUUUAAAAAAAUGUGCAAA